AUGCUUUUAGCACACAUCAAUCAUUAAAAGUGUGGAAGAAUAUUUCUUUAUUGUAUUUCUUAUUGUGUCAAAUAUGCGGUUGCAAAUGAAUGGAAGGAAAUAUAAACCAGCUAACGAGAUAUUAAUCAGUUAAAUGAUGCAAAUUUAAAGGUCAGUAAAUAAAAUAUCGUGCAUACAUAGCUAGUUAAUAUUGUAAUUUUGAAGUAAUUAAAUAAAAAGAAUCUUGAUUAUAUGAAAAAACUGACUUUUAAGUUAGAUAAAGAUUAAAUUUCUGAAGUUAAUUAAAAAAUGAGAAUUCCAUAUUUUUUUAAUGCCAAAAUUUUUAAAAUUUUAUAAAAAUCUAUGUAGGAAAAUUAACAUAAAAAAUAUUUUCAAUUCGGACUAUAUAAAUAAUAGCAAAUUCAAUAAUAUUAACUCUGA